AUGGCCGACAUAGACAAAGUGAAAGUUCUGGUUGUUGGCGAUUCUGGUGUAGGUAAAACAUGCCUAGUUCACUUGAUUUGCCAUGGGGAACCUUGUUAUGCUCCCACAGCCACAAUCGGAUGUUCUGUAGAAGUCAAGUUACAUGAAUACCGAGCCGGAACCCCGGCUGAGAAGGACUUCUUUGUGGAGCUGUGGGACAUAGGUGGCGCUGCCAGUCAUGCCAACAGCAGGUCCAUCUUCUACCACCAGGUUCAUGGGAUAAUUUUGUCCCAUGAUUUGACCAAUCGAAAAUCACAUCAGAACCUAAGAAAAUGGCUGGUGGAGACGCUCAGCAAGGAUGAUUACAAACAAAAUAGUGGGUACGACUUUGAUCCGGAGCAGUUUGCUGGCAACCAGACUCCCAUUCUUGUCAUUGGGACCAAAGCUGAUUCUGCUCAAUCACUUCGGGAACAAAGUACACACCGGGCUUCUUCCAUAGCAGAAGAGUGUGGAGCUGAUGAGUUUAACCUGGACAGUUUACAAGUGAAGUACCUAGCACCUGGCUCCACAAAUGCUGUGAAAUUGUCCAAGUUCUUUGAUAAGGUAGUGGAAAGAAAGCUAUCAAGCAAUCAGGGACACAUCAGCCCGCCACAGACAAGACGAUGGAAGAACUCUCAUGCAGAUUGA